AUGGUCCUCUCGACCUCCAUAGAACGCCAUGAGGUUGCGCCUGUCACGGACCUCGAAUGGGAUGCAGCACUGAAACACCGCGGCGACGCUGCCCACCCGCGAAUACUUCACUGCGGCUGCCCGACGUCCGCCUACACAGACAACUGCGACCGGCUUGAUCUGCGACGUUCUACCUCUGACUUUGCCAGAGCACCUCGUCCUGGUCUGUCUGCGACACACCCAUACGCCCAACCUCUCUUAGACCACAGCUCGUCCUCUUCCAGCAUCAGAUCCGUCUCCUCGCCUGAGAACGCAAACCCGUUAAUCCACGAAGUCGCGAGUCUAGAGGACGACUUGUCGUCGUUCAGUAGCCUGAGUCUGGACCAGGCGGCUACGAAAUCCCCCAUACCCGCCGGGUGGCGAAGGCACCGUUCCCAUUCUAAAGACCACGUCGAGAACCCCGAGUUCGCGGACCUGCCGUCCCUGGAUCUGACUCUGACGCGGUGCCAUUCCCAGCCUGGACAAGAACGUACGCCGUCCGUCGGUGUCCCCGAGCCUUCGUCGGCAGUGUCGAUGGAGAAGAGUCCGUCGACGACGACUCUGCGCCAGGCGCUGACUUUGGAGGAGAAAGAUGCGGCUAUGCGCCGAGCGGCGCACCCCGCCCGCCGGCAGCAGAGCCAACACUCGCGACUAGCCAGCUUCACACGUACGCCCGGUCCGGCUUUGAACUACCCCUAUCCUGUGCCGGAACGCGAUGGGCUCCCUCGCCCCAUAAACGUGGACGAGGACCCCGGACACCUGUGCAUGGGCGCUGAGCGCCUGCGCCUCCGCGGCAUCUUCGAGGACGAGGGCUGGCUCCCUGCCCCAAAUCCAAGCCAGGCGACGCGCCUCGCACGUGCUACCGCCAUCAGACGUCUUGGGCUGACAGGAUGCGACGACGAGCGCUACGCGGUUAUCGCGAAAUACGCCGAAACGGCAGCCAUGAUCUUCCAGGCGAAGUAUGGCUUUGUGUGUGUCUUACGUGGUGACAUCGAAGAAGUCUAUCUGCCCAACUAUAAGCAGCACAAGAUCACCUUCCCUCUCUCGUCUUCCCUCAUCGCCCAUGCAGUAUUGACCCCGAGUGAGAAAUGCUUCGUCGUAGCCGACCUGGACAAGGACUGGCGGUUUGCCCAACACCCGUCCCGUAUCGGCGAGCGCAAGACACGUUUCAUGGCCGCCGCUCCGCUGCGCUACUUCCACAGCAAUGGAGACUACGCCGACUUUGGCUCGCUCGUGGUGUUCGAUCCAGAACCGCGGGACAGUUUCGAUGAACGCGAACAGAACAUUCUCCUUCGCCUCGCGAACAUGUGCGUGUACCAGCUCGCCACGCUGCAGAGCGAGCGCAUGGCGAAGCGCUCUAGCGGCAUGUACGAGGCGAGCAUUGGCUUCCUUCGCCGCUCUCUCGUGCCCGACGUUCAUGACAACCACUCGGAUACGACCAAGUCACCAACUGAGCGGUCCUCGGAAGCGAAGCGGCCGAGGCGUAGACCGCCAGAGAAGCGCGGCUCGACACAGAGUAGCAGGCGGCACUCGACUCCGCCGCUGGUGCCGAUCGUCUCGCAGCGCCCAUCGCUCAGCGGCCGCACCUCACCUCGUGAGGUGUCCACCGGUGAGCCGCUCGAGACGAAGUCCGGCCCGCGCGACGGAUACAAGUUGAAGCGCCACAGCGAGACCGAAACUGCCAUGUUUGCCGACGCCUGCACGACCCUCCGCGGAGUCCUUGGUGCGAAUGCUGCGUGCAUAGUCGACCUCAGCGACUAUCAGCUUUUCAUCCGGAAGACGCGAGGCAGCACGGCCGGCACGGAGGUGGCGACUGGCGGCGCUGAGGGAUCUCCAGGAUCGACGAAGGAGAAUAUCAUCCGCUCCUUCCUGAGCGGUGAGCCUUGGGCCGACUGGACGGAACCAGUUGUGAAUGCUCGUCGCUCUGCUGUCAGCAUACUCGGUUCCUCUGGCAAUGACUUCGCUUUCGAAUCCAGGGGCGCCGCGACCACGUUAGCGGAGUACGUUUCGGCGUACCUCCGUCAACGACGUUUCUGGUGGGACCGAGAGGACAUGUCCGACUCGCUGGCCUCUCAGCUCCUCCUGCUCAUGCCUGCGGGGACGCAGACGGUACUCGCCAAUGUGUUCCUGGCGUACAAUGGAACGCUCCAAUUCGCGGUAUUCGUAGCGUGGGACAGAGCUCCGGCCUCGUUCGACGACACGUCCCGCCUGGCGAUGCCGUUCGUGUAUAUCGUCGGUGCCGCUCUAGUCAGCAGUAUGGCAGUCGUGCGCAUGCGCGGUAUCGAGGAGAGCCAAAUCUCCUACUCGAACUUGCAGGCGCACGAGCUGCGCACGCCCCUGCACCAGAUCCUGGCUAUCACGCAGCUUCUCCGAUCUUCCAUGCGGGACAUGGCGGCUGCUGAUGAGAGUGCUGGCGGUUCUGACCCCUCUGCGCCGGAUGCCACAGCCGACCUGGCGCUUAGCUGGCCGGUGAAGGCCCUGCCAGAGCGAGUAGUCACCUCGACACUGCAGCAGGUGCGCGACCUGCUCCCCUUCCUCGAUGCCAUCGACACGAGCGGCAAGAUCCUGCACGGCAUCGUGGACAAUAUCCUCACUUUCCUCGACCUGACCGACAAGGACGAGCGGACUGGCGGUGCCGGCGGUGAACUCAAGUCUCUCGGCGGAAACGGCGGACGAACGCCACUCACCAUCGGUGCGCUGCUGGAGGAGCUCAUCCGCGACGCAUACGAGGCGGACAGGCUCUCGCGCUCGUCCCUCGAGGGCGGCGCAGCCGGCGGCGGUGUCACACCCGGCACCCCCAUCAGAGGCGUCACGAAGAGCACGAUUCUCGAGAUCAUCCCCCUGGGUCUAGGCGAUACAGUCAUGGAGGAUGAGGGCGGUGCUCUGCGCCGUGCGCUUCAGCGUAUCCUGGCAAACGCGUACCGCUACCUCGAUGUCGGGGGCUGCGUCGAGGUCUAUCUCGACGACGUGCAUUCCCUCCUCCCGCCAGAGGGUUGCGAAGUGUUGCAACCUUCCGAGCGCCGCGUAUCGCUUAAGAUCAUCGAUUCUGGCCGCGGCAUGUCGACCGACUUUGUGAAGGAGCGUCUUGGCGAGCCCUGGGCCAAGGAAGAUCCAUAUGCGACCGGCUCAGGGCUCAGUGUGCAUCUCGCAUACCGCAUUAUCGAGCUUAUGGGUGGAUACAUGGAGAUCUCGUCCGCGCCAGGCAAAGGCUGCAGCGUUAGCAUCGAGGUGCCACUUCCGAUGGCGCAGUUGCCAGCGCCGGCACCGAGCCUGGCGGAACGGGACGAGCCGAGGCAGAUCGCCGUGCAAGGCUUCACGCGCUUCCACGACCCGCAUUGCGCGCUGAAGCGGAUCGGCUCCAUGCUCGAGCGCACGUAUAGGAAGCUCGGGCACAGCGUCGUCGCCGACCCCAAGGACGCGGACCUCGUCGUUGUCGAGGGUACGCUGGCGCUGACGCCGGAGGGCAUGGCGAUGCUGUCGGCCAUGCCUGCAGAUCUGGUCCUGUUCGUAGGCGAGGAUGCCGCGCCGUUUGCAAACACGAUCGCAAUGCUGUCGCAGGACCCGCCCGGACGCACCGUGCGCGUCCUGAAGGAGCCUCUCACGCCUGCGGCCCUCGCGCACAGCGCCGCGAGCGCGGCGGCGGAGCUGACGCCGGUACCUGAGAUCGUCACGGAGGACGGCUGGCGACCGAAGAAUGUAGCGGAGAGCAUCGCCGCGCUGUGCUUGGGAGACUACUUCUCGUCACGUCGCAGUGCACGUCCGCCGCCUCCGACUGCUUCCUCGUCCUCUGUUCCGUCCUCGGCCCGAACGUCUGCGUCCUCUACCUCCGGUACGGCUGCCACACCUCCGAGCCCGCCGAGCAGCCACUCGUCCCCCUCACCUGCGACCCGGUACCUCAUACCGGAGUACAGCCCCUUGUUCGAAGGCGACGAGGACCCCGCCCUGCCCCCGCCGGCGGAAGUCACCUCCGUCCUUGUCGUAGAGGACAAUGUGAUCAACCGCAAGAUCCUGGUCAAGAUCCUCCGCCAAGCGCUGGGGAAGGAGUGCGAGCUCGCCGAGGCCACAAACGGCAAAGUCGCACUCGACAUGUUCCGCGACCUGAGCCGGCGUAGGCCCAUCAUCGUGUUGCUCGAUAUCAAUAUGCCGGUGCUCGAUGGGUGGGCGACGGCGAGCGAGAUGCGCGCCAUCGAGCGCGAGAGGGAGAAGCUGCGUGCUGGGCUUGGACGCAAGAGAGGGCCCAGCAAGAUAUUCGCCGUUACUGCGCUUGCGGGGCAGAAUGAGAAGAGGAGAGGACUCGUCGAGUGCGGCUUUGACGGAUGGCUCACCAAGCCGUGUGAUAGGGAUACGCUGUGUCGGGUUGUCGAGAGUGCUCGGCGAGAGUUACAGGGCCUCGCGACGUAG